AUGACCCGCUCAGCCGUACUCGGAUACCCGCGCAUCGGCGCAAAGCGUGAAGUGAAGAAGGCCACCGAGGCGUACUGGGCUGGAAAGAUCUCGGCGGACGAGUUGCAAAAGGUCGCCAAGGAGCAGCGUGCCGAGCGCUGGCAGACCCUCAAGGCCCAGGGCGUCGACGUGAUUCCCUCCGGCGACUUCACCCUCUACGACCACGUCCUCGAUGCCAACUACACCUUCAACAUCAUCCCCUCGCGCUUCGCCAAGGCCAACGUCUCGGACCUCGACCGCUACUUUGCCAUGGGCCGCGGUCGCCAGGUCGGCGACGUCGACCUCGAGGCUCAGGAGAUGCAGAAGUGGUUCGACUCGAACUACCACUACAUCAAGUCGGAGGUCUCGUCGUCUACCGAGUUCAAGCUCAACAACCUCAAGCCCGUCGACGAGUUCCUCGAGGCCAAGGCCGCGGGCAUCGUCACCCGCCCGGUCCUCGUCGGUCCUAUCACGCUCCUCCUCCUCGGCAAAGUCGGCCGCGACGAGCCCAACGCGGCGUCGUUUGAGCCCCUCUCGCUCCUCGACAAGCUCGUCCCCGUCUACUCGGAGCUCCUCAAGAAGCUCGAGGAGGCCGGCGCGACCAAAGUCCAGAUCGACGAGCCCUCGCUCGUGAUGGACGUCACCGCCAACCUCGGCCAGCAGUACCAGUCGACGUACGAGGCUUUCGCGCGCGCCGCACCGGGACUCAAGGUCACCCUAGCGACCUACUUUGGACGCCUCGACAAGAACGUCGAGUUUGUCGCCAAGCUCCCCAUCGACUCGUUGCACAUCGACCUCGACCGCGCGCCUGAGCAACUCGACUCGGUCGUCGCGGCUGUCAAGCCUACGUCGCUCAAGCUCUCGCUCGGAUUGGUCUCGGGACGCAACAUCUGGAAGAACGACUUGGCUGCCUCGCUCGCGAUUGCCAACAAGGCCAUUGAGCAGCUCGGAAAGGACCGCGUCGUCGUCGCUACCUCGUCGUCGCUCCUCCACACCCCCGUCACCCUCGCCAACGAGACGCGCCUCAAGCCCGAGGAGCGUGACUGGUUCUCGUUCGCGACGGAGAAGGCGGCCGAGGUCGCCACCCUCGCCAAGGCCCUCUCGGGCGAGGAUGUCUCGUCCGCCCUCGAGGCGAACAAGAAGUCGAUCCAGGCCCGCCGCGACUUUGAGAAGAACUCGGACGCCGCGGUCCGUGAGCGCCUCGGCAAGGUCUCGCAGGACAUGUACCACCGCAAGUCGUCGUUCCCCGCGCGCAUCGCCGCCCAGGACAAGGUGUACAACCUCCCGACGUUCCCGACCACGACGAUCGGCUCGUUCCCCCAGACCAAGGAGAUCCGCCUCGCGCGCUCGAAGCACACCAAGGGCGAGCUCUCGACGGAGGAGUACGAGUGCUUCCUCGAGAACGAGAUCAAGCACGCCGUCGAGUUCCAGGAGCAGAUCGACCUCGACCUCCUCGUCCACGGCGAGCCCGAGCGCAACGACAUGUCGCAGUACUUUGGCGAGCAGCUCAAGGGUUUCGUCUUUACCGAGAACGGCUGGGUCCAGUCGUACGGCUCGCGCUACGUCCGCCCGCCCAUCGUCGUCUCGGACGUCUCGCGCCCUCACCCGAUGACCGUCCGCUGGUCCUCGUACGCCCAGUCACUCACCAAGCGUCCCAUGAAGGGCAUGCUCACCGGCCCCGUCACGAUCCUCAACUGGUCCUUCCCGCGCGCCGACGUCCCGAAGGAAGUCCAGUGCAAGCAACUCGCCCUCGCACUCCGCGACGAGGUUGUCGACCUCGAGAAGGCGGGCAUCUUUGCCGUCCAGGUCGACGAGCCCGCGAUCCGCGAGGGACUGCCCCUGCGCCAGGUCGACUGGGACGCGUACCUCACCUGGGCCGUCGACUCGUUCAAGCUCGCGACGGCCGGUGUCGAGGACCGCACGCAGAUUCACAGUCACUUCUGCUACUCGGACUUCAACCUCAUCUUCGAGCACAUCAAGCGCCUCGACGCCGACGUCAUCUCGAUUGAGGCUUCGAAGAGCGACCUCAAGCUUUUGCAGGCGUUCCACAAAUUCGGGUACCAGAAUUUGAUCGGUCCUGGUCUCUACGACAUCCACUCGCCGCGUGUCCCGUCAGUCGAGGAGAUGAAGGAGCGCCUCAAGGCGUUCAAGGCUGCCCUGCCCAACCAGAAGCACCUCUUCGUCAACCCCGACUGCGGUCUCAAGACCCGUGGCUGGACUGAGGUCAAGGCUGCUCUCGAGAACCUCGUCGCCGUUGCCAAGUGGGCUCGUCAGGAGUACGCCUAA